AUGUUAUGGGACGUGACUUCUUCCAAACCGUCCUGCGAGACGCCAGACACCGACGACGAUGACCUAUCCUUCCUAGAGAGUGACAAGGAACCCAGCAUCAAUGACUUGAUUACUUCAUUAUUCCCUGGAUCGUCCAAUUCACAACCCCCUCCAUCAUACGACCAAGCUCCUCUGGACGACUUCCUCUUGCAAGAUUCAUCGGUUCCAUCGGUUCAAUCUCAAUCAGCGCCCACCCCGACUCGACCAUGGUCCUCCGCUUUCAAAGAGAAGAUUGGAGGUCUCGUCGUCAAUCAUCCCCUUCUUUCAGCAGGUUCAGCAUGGUUAGCGAUCGACGCGGCCAGUCAUGUGCUGGGACCUAUCAAGCAGGCCUUAUAUGACAGAAUAAUUAGCGAGUCGGUCAGCCGAAUUGCAGGAUCACACUCGUCCUCCGCUUCUGGGGGUCAGCCUCCCUCUGCGCCUUCCGCGAACGGUCAGACACCGCAGAUCAUCACUGGCCCAGACUCCUUGGCUCAGCUUUACAAAAUCUCUCAGCCAAAGAGCAUAGAGGAUAAAGACUCCAUUCCGACGCCGACCAGGACACUGCCACCCUCUUCUUCGUUCGGUAGUGGAUCCAGUCCACCGUCAUUCCUGAGUCAGCUUCUACCUAAACGUGUAUUCUGA